AUGUUCAAAAAUAUUUCAGGGAAGAAGCGAGACGUUGGAGCUGCAAUGCGAUUCAUCACAUGGUAUGGCGCCAAACUUGCCGAGCCGAAAGGCCCAGAAGUCGGCGCUCUGUAUAGCGGGGUUGCCAGCCAAAGAAUAAGGAUAGAAGAUUACUGGAUAGGUUUUAACAGGGUAGGUUACUCAGGAGUUACGGACACUGUGGGAUUUUGGAGCGAUGGGCGAGGGGCACCAUUGGAGGCGGGGGUGUGGGGAGACUUCCAGCCAGACUGGCAGGGAGGAAGCUGUGUGUAUGUGGACCCAGAGGGGAAGUGGAAAACUGAGUCAUGUAAUGUCCUUCUGCCAUCUUUGUGUGAACGCCAGGCCUGUCCGAAAGGGACCUUUAGUUGUGCCACCAAAGAGCGAUGUGUAGGAGUGGCGGGUCUGUGUAAUGGUGAUGAUGACUGUGGCGACAGAUCCGAUGAGAGGGAUUGUGCACAGACAUGUUCUUUCUACCAGUCUGGCACAGAGGGAGCGAUACAGAGCAUGUCUUAUGGGUCAGGCCCCUACCCAGCCAACAAAACUUGUGUCUGGAUCAUAGAAGGACCAGUGGGGUCACAAAUACAAAUUCAGGUGACUGAUUUGGAGACAGAGAAGACCUUUGAUGUAUUAGAACUUUGGGAAGGCAGCCUUGAUUUAGCAACCAGUAAAUGUCUGACAAGACUGUCGGGUAGCCAGAGGCCUGAUGGGAUACUGAUGAGCUCCAAUAACUUUGUGAUCACCAGAUUUACUGCAGAUUCUUCAAAGGAGUUCAGAGGCUUCUCAGUGAAGUGGACAAGUGAGUUUGCCUGCCAGAUGAUGAUGAUUAAGAACUCUAGAAGUAAGCCUGGUCUAGCGGGGGAAUAUGUGAGCUCUGUCACGGCUCUGGACUGCCAGACAUUGUGUUCCAAUAGCACUGCCUGCACAGGGAUUGAGUACAGUAAGACUGAGCACACCUGCUUGUUGUUGAGAGAGACGCCACAGGUGGUGGCCAGCACAUGCUGUGAUGUGUACGUUAAGACCUGUCCUGGUUCUCCUGGCUUAAAAUCUUUAGCCCAUGUGCCAAAUCUUGGUGGAAGAGUUGAAGCUGGGGUAGAAUUUAAUGAUAUAUCCACCCCUUUGUAUCCACUGAACUAUCCAGGUGGACUGGAGAUUCUGUGGAUUGUCCAAUCAAAAGGCAUGUCUGUCAUCACACUACAGGUAAUUGAUAUUGAGCUAUGUGGAACAGACUUUGUAACUGUUAAAGAUGGUGAACACCCUUCUGCAAAUACUCUGAUGACCUUGACCUCAUCAAGUGUGUCAGGGACUAUGACCAUUUCCACAGGAAACAGAGUGUACAUAUACAUGAAACUGGAUCAUCACUUGAAAUGUAGAGGAGUCUUUCUGCAAUACAAAAGAGGAUGUAACCUCGAUUUGAAAACAAAUAAAGGAAUGAUUUUUAGUCCUGGCUAUGGUGUGGCUAAUUACCCACCAGUUCUGCUGUGUUCCUGGCUGAUUCAGACUGAGGCUGGUCGACCUCUCCUUCUCAGGUUCAGAGAUUUCAGACUGCAGGAAAAUAUGGACUAUGUUCAGGUUUUUCUGGGUAACACAACCUCUGGCUCCCCGGUACACACAGGGUCAGGGUUCACAGGGAGUGUUCUACCCAACAAUGCCAUCUCCAAAAGUGGAGUUUUGCUAGUGAGGCUGACAACCAGUGCUACAGGGGAGUCCAAGGGAUUCAUGGCUUCUUUCUCUGCUGGCUGUAAGAACAUUAACUCUUCCUCUGUACUGAUGAGUUCAGGAGCCUUAGAGAUUUACCCCGAGUCUGUGGUCACUGUACAAUGUAGGACUGGGUACUUUCUUCAGGAGCCUUACUCGGGACUGACCCAGGUCACCCUCCAAUGUCAGGAGGGAGGGAUUUAUGACAAGGUCACCCCUGUCUGUGCUCAAUCAUUUUGUGGUCCAGCUCCACUGGUAGAAAAUGGCUACAUUGUGAACAGUACAGGAGUGUAUGGAGGCGACAAAGUGACAUACUCUUGCAAAAAUGGGUAUUCUACCACCCAAUCUAUGGUCAUCAUGUGUCGGAGUAAUGGGGUGUGGGGAACCGUGCCCUCUUGUCAAGCCUCUGCAUGCCCGUCCCUCCCUGCUGCCGUGUUUAGGGGAAGGCGGACCACCCUGACAGGUGAUGGGACCAGUCACGGCUCAGUGAUCCAGUAUUCCUGUGACCCUGACUAUGAAAUUGUCGGACUGUCCAUCAUCAGGUGUGACAAUGGUGCCUGGUACAGUAGCCCUCCCACCUGUCAAAAGGUUCCUUGUCUCUCUUCCCCUGUGAAUAAUGGAGAAAUUGACAAGGCAGGGAAUGUUGGUCAAGGGGAGGUAAUUCGAGUAACCUGUAAUUCAGGAUUUGAAAUACUUGGAAGAGAAGAAUAUAAAUGUGGCUUAGAAGAUCCACCAUCAUGCAUAAAUGUUAAUGAGUGCAGCAGUUCUAAUGGGUCAGUCUGUGACCAGAUCUGUACGGACACAGUCGGGGGAUAUGUGUGCUCCUGUAGGGAGGGGUACACUGUCACUGGUGUAAGGAAUAAUGGAUGUGAAAAUACCAACGAGUGCCUGGAGGGUAAUGGUUUCUGUGAUGGGACUUGUGUGGACACACCUGGGUCUUACUACUGCACCUGUCCCCGGGGUCAGGAACUAUACAGGUACAAUGGACAGAAUGACCUAGUGUUACCAGCCUCGGAGACUGCUAUUGAAUGUGCACCUCCAUCAUACCUCAUUCCCAAUGGUUUGGCGUUGACCUUGGAGACGAAGUUCUUCUUUGGAGAUGAGGUCACAUACAUGUGUAACCUUGGGUAUGUGAUCAAUGAAACAGGAUUGGCCACACACAAAAUCACCUGUCAGGUAGACAGUACCUGGUCAGGUGUAGAGCCCACCUGUGAAGUUGUGAGAUGCCCCCUGGAUGUGGCCAGUGAUCCUGGUGUCUUCCCUAACACCUCAGUGGCCUAUGGAGGAUUUUACUUCCUCCAGUGUGAGAUGCCAGAUAGAAGCAUGGUGUCACUGAGAAGGCAGUGUACCUACAAUGUUCAGACAAGGAGAUACCAGACCAUGGGAGAUCCAUUCAAUUGUCCCUAUGUAAACUGUGGCACUCCGCCCUCUGUGAGAGGAGCUGACCGAUACCUGUACACCUGUACACUCUAUGGAUGUACCUUUGAGUUUACCUGUCGUUCAGUGUACACAAGGACAGGUAACUCCUCACUGGGAGGAUCUGUAGUCACCUGCGGGGCCGAUGGACGAUGGGAUUUUGGGGAUCUCCAUUGUACAGAUGGGCUCUGUCCUGACCCUGGGUACCCCCCGGGGGGAUACUCCUACACCGCCUCCCUGGAGGAGGACGGCAUGAUCUACUACAUAAGUCAGAAAACUGGCUACAGGCCAAAGGACAUUUACCCCAUACAAUGUACAGAGAUCAACGGUCAGCUACAGUGGAACUCCUCAGAUGUCAAGGUCACUCACGAAUGUGUAGAUGUCCAGGAUCCUACAAUGUCCAGCUGUCCACCGAUGGACAUCACAGUGACCAGGUAUGAUGCUGCCAACUCCAGUGUUCCUGUUUUCUCAGACAACAGUGGAAUCAUUGAUAGAAUUUUGGUGACACCAUUUAAUUAUCAACCAGAUCAUGUGAUUGGACAAGAAACAUUGAUAUCAUACAUUGCUUUUGACAAAGAUCAAAAUAGCAUUAUGUGUUCUUUUUCUGUGAGAAUCAGAGAUGAAAUUCCCCCCUUGCUAUCCUGUAAGCCAUCCAGCACUGUCCUCAUCCCAGAUGAGGCCACCAUUGUGACCCUUGACCCUCUGGAUUUUGUCAGCAGUGUAGAACAGGGGUCAAGGACAUCCUCAGACACAGGGGUACUACGACUGACAGUAGCAGACAUUGGUACAGUGAAGACGACACGGAUCACUGCCACAGACUCCUCGGGAAACACUGCACAAUGCUCAGUUCAGGUCAAAGUUGAAGCUUCAAAAUGUCAAGCUUGGACCCUGUCCAUUUCCCAUGGCCAGAAGACAUGCUCCCAGCGGUCAGGAAAUGCUGGGAUAGACUGUGUGUUUAGGUGUGAUUCAGGUUACGUUUUUGCUGAGGACAUGAACCAGAGAUCUGUCACUGUGUCGUGUGUCAGUGGAGGGGACUGGGAUAGGGAACCCCCAACAUGUCAGGAAUUCAGCGGUGCAGUCUACAGACAGAGCUUUGUUCUACAGUACCAGACUGGACCGGUGACGGACACUUCCUGUAAGGCAGUGUACCGGGCUCAACUCAACACUCAGUGGAACGUCCUGACCUCCAGCCUACGCUCGCUGUGUCAGUCAGGGUCCUCCAAUACGCUCACCAUCACUGCCCCACAGGACUCAAACGUUCCUCGAUUUCAAGUCAUCUAUAACUCAGACUCAACCCCUAACCAUAUUUAUGUGACUGUAAAUUUGGAAAUUGCUCCAUCAGGAUUUAUAGACACAGCAUACACAACUUGUGCUGUUAAGAUAGAAGAUGCCUUCAGGACCCUAAGUAGUGAUGUAGGAUCACUGUUCCAGCUGUAUCAGUCAGGAGCGUGUCCCUCCUCAACCAGUCAACAGUUUGUGAGGACCGACGCCUCUGAUUUCUUGUGCUCUGGAUACCAAGGGACUCAGAGAAACAACACAGAAGGCAAAACAUACUGUGUGACCUGUCCUCCAGGUUAUUUUACCAAGGACAAGAAGACAUGUGGCCCUUGUCUGGCAGGUACUUAUCUAGACAGAGGAAACUUUGACACCUGCUUCAAUUGCCCAUCAGGAACAUACAGCAAAAAGACGGGUCUCUCUCGUCAGGAAGACUGUUACUUGAGCUGCCCCCCUGGCUUUGUGUCCAGCAGUGGAGAGGCCCCCUGUACAGAGUGUGACAUCAACACGUACUCAUCCAAUGGACGGUCCUGUACCACUUGUCCCAGUAACACACUGGCAGACAAAACUGGGUCAGCCUCAGUUACUGAAUGUGCAGAUUACUGCCCAGCAGGCUACUACUCCAUCAAUGGGGCCAUGCCCUGUAGACCCUGUCCCAGAAACUACUAUCAGCCCUCCCUGGGGGCCAGCUCCUGCAUUGAGUGUGGGUCCCAACAGAUCACCCUGGACACUGCCCAGUCCUCCUCUCUCGGGUGUGUGAGUGGAGAGAGCACCCUUUGUCAGCCCAACCCUUGUCAGAAUGGUGGAGUCUGCGGUGUUGUUAGACAUGACUUCUUCUGUACCUGCCGUCAGUACUACACAGGAAGGGUGUGUGAAGUUUUCAUCAAUCCCUGCUCCUCAUCCCCCUGCUUCAACAGUGGGUACUGUUCCUACAAUUCAUCAGCUCUAGAGGGAUACACCUGCCAAUGUCAGACCCGGUACAGUGGUGAGCGUUGUGAGAAGGAUAUUGACGACUGUCAGUUUAGUGAUCCCUCUUUUGUUCCCUGUCAGAAUGGUGGUCAGUGUCGGGAUCACAAUGGAGGAUACCAGUGCUUCUGUCCAUCCUACAUUGGAUACACAGGGACCAGCUGUACAGUGCCCAAGGAUCCCUGUGGAAGUGGUCCCUGCAAGAACGGAGGUUCCUGUGUGGCGGGAGGGGUGAUCCGACACAAAUGUCUGUGUCCAUCGGGAUACACGGGGGAGGACUGCAGCAUUGAUAUAGAUGAGUGUGCCAGUAACCCCUGUGUGAAUGGAGGGUCCUGUGUGGACAGAGUGGAUGGGUUUUCCUGUACCUGUGUGAGGGGUUACUCUGGGGACUUCUGUCAGAUCCGGUCCAAUGAGACUCAGUGUGAGUUUGUCAACUACUGCUUCACUAAUCCGUGUGAUAAUGGCGGCCAGUGUGUUUCUCAGUAUGGCGGCUACAUCUGUGCUUGUCUCCCUGGUUACGGAGGACCAACAUGUCAGUUUGACAUCAAUGAGUGUGCCAGUAAUCCUUGUCUGAAUGGAGGCCAGUGUCUGAAUCAGCUCAACAACUACCAGUGUAACUGUCCUGUACCUGGAAUUGGAGGUAUAAACUGUGAGGACAUUAGAGAUGACUGUUCCCCAAAUCCUUGUAAUGUCAGUCAUUCUGAUCGGUGUGUAGAUCUGUUGGAUGACUACUACUGUCAGUGCCAUCCAGGAUACAGAGGGAAGAACUGUGACUUAGGAGAUGUUGAUUGCCAGAGUUUUCCAUGCCUUCAUGGGGGCACUUGUCAGCCCUCAGGUAACUCAUUUACCUGUACUUGUAAGUCGGGCUGGGAGGGAGACAGGUGUGAACGUGCAGUGGACAAGUGCUCCUCCUCACCCUGUCAGAAUGGAGGACAGUGUGUCAACACCAUAGAUCAGCAUGUUUGUUUAUGUGGAAGUGGUAACCUUGGAGACAACUGUGAGAUGACCUAUGACCUCUGUAGAUUAGCCAAUCCCUGUGUAGGUCUUGGUAGCAACUGCUCUCUGACCAAUGGGGUUAUUCAGUGUCAAUGUCCGCAAGGUUUUGCUGGAUCUGGUUGCCAUAUUCCUCUGAAAUCCUGUGAAAAUACUACCUGUCAAAAUGGAGGGUCCUGCCAGAUUUCCAAUGGAACAGUCCAAUGCACCUGUGUUCCAGGGUACACAGGGUCCCUGUGUGAGGCGGACAUUGAUGAGUGUGUCUCAGCGAUCUGUCCAGCCAACUCCCAGUGUGUGGAUGGUGUCAACUCUUUCUCCUGUGUGUGUCAAGAGGGCAAGAUUGGAGAGAUGUGUGAUAAAGAUGUGAGAUACACAUUUGACUUGGUAAUUGAAUCCAGCACGGGCUGUAGCUCUAGAGAUGAAGUGAGACCAGAGUCUGCUCUGUUCCCCCUUGGUACCUCCCAGUUCUCUGUCUCCCUCUGGCUGCGAUUCACAGACAGAGCUAGGCCUGGGCCUAUCAUCUCCUUGUACACACUCCGGGAUGAAAGUUCUGUCCCUGUGGAGUUACUGGAGAUUAGGUUCAGUGGAACAGCCAUCACCAUUGGAUCCACAGCAGUGUACCUCUCUCAUGGUUCUAAGAAUAUAAUGGAUGGACUUUGGCAUCAUGUUGCUGUGACCUGGACUGCUCUAGAUGCUACUGAUCCUGCCUUUCCAAAGGGGAUAGUGACCCUUUUCAUUGAUAACCAGGUUGUAGCGAAGCAAGAGGACUUUGCAACAGGAAUGCAACUUCCGCCAUUGGGUUGGUUGAUUGUUGGAGGAAGAUAUGACCAAUCCAGCAACACCAUCUACAGAGGAAAUGCUUUCAUUGGUCGUCUGAGUCAGCUACAUCUGACAAAGUCGGACCUUAGGACAGAGAUACCAAAUCUCUAUAACAACAUAAGCUAUGUACCCAGUCAGCUGAUUCACAAGCCAAUCACAGAUAUUCUGGAAAAUAGACGAGUGUUUGUGGACUACCAGAGCCAGUUACUUGGUUCAGUUUGCAGAACGAUUAAUAACUGUGCCCAGGAGUUUGAUGCUUCUCGCUACCUGUCUGCUAGGCACUGUCCUGAUGAUCAGCUGACUGUCACUGAUCGGGCGGCUCCACCCACCUGGAUAGAAGCUGCUUAUACGAACACUACACAGGUCAAAUACACGCAACGUUCUGGAGAAAAGAGGUUACCAUGGGGGUUCUAUGAAAUUUCUUCGGCUGGAUUUGAUGCCAGCGGAAAUGCUGCAGUGUGCUCCUUUGUGCUGUAUAAUCGCAGAGCUGCAUGCAGGCAUAUUUUCCCCAGUGCUCCGUUUAAGGGAGAUAAAUCUUGCACCUUGGUGAGUAAGGGAGAGAGGUGUUCUACAAUGUGUUCACUGUCUGACCACAUAAUCAGCCGACCUGGACCCAAGUACUACAGCUGUGGCAUGUACAAUCUGUAUGACUCACCCAGCCGACUUCAUCCUUUUGUUCUGCCCCCAUGUGCAGCUUUCACAAGCAGACUGGUGGACAUGACUAUGAGGGUGGAGCUAUUGUUGACAGAACAAUGUGACCAGGCUCGCGACUACGUGACAUCACUGGCUAGGUCCCGCCUCUCUACGAUUAGUGUACUGUGGGGGCAGGGACUGUGCGGUCAGAGUACAUGUUCCAAUGUCAGUGUCAUCUGUCCGUCAAAUCCAGCAGGUGCCCCCUCCCUCACAGCUGUCUUCUCCUCCAUCAGUGAAUAUCUUACAAACGAUCAGUCACAAACUUCCCAUGUGAGAGAGGUUCUAAUGACGGAGUUAGCAGACAAGCACACUUUUGACUUUCAGACUUCCAGCCCUAUCUUGUCUUCCAUACAGUUUGGUAUUGUGUCAGUCUGUCCUAGAGGUCAGCAGCUCGUGGGAAGUCUCUGUGUGCUCUGUAGUGUGGGUACCUUCUAUAACACCACCUCUAGACAGUGUCAGCUUUGUCCUGUGGGGCAGUACCAAGACAGGGAGGGUCAGUUCUCCUGUAAAUCCUGUCCCUCCUCCCCACAAGCAACCACUACCUACCAGCCAGGGGCGCAGAGCAUCUUCAGUUGUAAAGAAUCCUGUGUCUCUGGCUCUUAUUACAACCUCACCACUGGUUUCUGUCAGCAAUGUCCCCUGGGAUACUUCCAAGAGAACUCUGGGAACUUCCAUUGCUCUCCUUGCAAUGUGGACAAAAGCACGGCAUAUACUGGGUCAAAGCAACGGUCUUCCUGUGUUGCAUAUUCCUUGGCUGUAACCACUGCAGAAACACCAAAUGUAGGAAAGAGCACCAAUAUGGAGGAUGAAGGGUUUUCCACUGCUGUAGCCAUCUCCAUUGUCAUCGGAAUCAUCAUCUUCAUCCUAGCUGUUGUUUUACUAGUUCUUUUCUUUUGCAAAGAGAGAGUGCCUUGCUUUGGUCAAAAUGAUGUCAUACCUGAAGGCACCACCCCAUGGAAGUAUGUGAACAGAUAUGGAGAUACAAGCUUGAAGUUUGUGAGUUAUAAUUUGCAAGACUUGAGGAGACGCAAUAGGCGAAAGCGAGUGGAGCGACAUCCAGUUCAGUAUGGACCUGAUGUGGCCCUGGGAUACAAUACGGAGGACUCCAUAAACUUCAGGGACCUACCAGAGACGAUAACACCAAGACAUCUGCCACCCAUCUCACACAAUAUUGAAGCUGACUAUGAGAAGCCUAAAAAGAGGAGGAAAAAGAAGAAGAAGAGUGUGUCAGCUGAUGGAGAGCCAAGGCCCCUAAAGCCUCUUAAGGGGUCAGGGUUCAAGUCCUCAGCUCCACCUAGUGAGAGUGGAUCCCACAAACGGGAAAGGGGAGACAAUCAAUAUUUAGAUGCUGUGUACACUGAAACACAUAAUGGGAACAUUUUAAAGAUAGAUUCUGACAAUGAAGAUUACAGAUGAAAGUAAUUUAGCUUUAGCAGACUUCGCUUUCAAAUUUAACCAUAUCUGAGUGGAAGAUGAGUAGUUAAGUCCUACAGCUAGUGCUGUUCCAUUGUCUGUUUAAAGUAUGAGAGAAUGCACUAUCCAAGGGUAACUUCUGUAAUACAUGUACAUGUAUUGCAUCGCAACGAAAUACCAGAAGUAGGUUUUAUACUUGUA